GUUUUUUUCCGCCGUUUCACUUCGUGUUUGUUUGGAGGAAACACUGCCUUGUUCUCAGUGCUAAAGAUGUGGGUGAACAAACCAGCUCCGGCUAUAUGCAACAAAGUGGGAGGCACGCGCAGAACGAGCCUCUUGUAAGGAAAAGAAGAUGUAUUUAUGGCGCUUCUCCAUCGCCAUAACGCUCGGCUUGGUGUGGUAUUUUUCAGACUGCGGUCGCUCUGUCACACAGUACUUCCUAUGUUUCCUCUUUUGUUUUUCUGCUCCACUGUUAUUCGGAAACCGUGGAAGAGAGAGCGGCACUCAGACUGAUGAAGAGACGAAGGAAAAUCCCACUCCAGGAAUCUGCUGAGGGACCGUUGUUUGGUGACCUGACAGAUGCAAAAAGCAGAGAGCAGGCUGAACUACUGGAUUCUCAGUAUCCACAUGUAAAGACGUCUCUACAACAAGUGUUCGAGUGCGCCUACGCCCAGCUGGUCCUGCCUUGGUACGCCGUUCCCGAGCUGUGCGAGCAGCAGCCUCUGCACCAGGUGCUCAGCAGGGAGUUCGACUUUGUAAUAGACAGAAUCAUUGAGAGAGCCAAAGACUUUGAUGUUUGCCAGGCGGUCGUGGGCUCAGUUCGUAUUUUGACCCAGUACUUACAUAAUGCGAAGCAGUCUGACAGAGAGCUGUUGUUCAGCUCCAGAGCAGAGGAGAUUGCAGGUCCUCCGAGAGUUUUCUGACGCUCUAGUACGUAACUUUUUCCACAAAUCUCUCUGGGGCCAUGAAGUCAACCGCUGUGCCUUAAAUGAGAUUGUUGCCUUAAAGGGGCUGGGUCUGUUGGUGACAUGGCUGUCAGACCCCGACAACCUGAACCAGCUGGUGGUGAACCAGCUGGACAGCGUGACCCCCAAAGGCUCUGUGGAGGAGCUGUGUGGAUCAGACCUGGAUCAAACCUCUCUGGCUUCACAUGAGGGUGAAGGCGAGGCCGAGGGCAGUGAAGUGAGCUUGGAGGGAGCAGGGAUUUCAACCAGCACCAGGAUCAAGGCCAAAAGAAAAGCUAACAAGUUAAAAGAAGGAUGGUCUAAAUUUGUGGACAAAGUAAAGUCUAAGAAGGCCAAGAAGAAGAAGAUGAAAAAGAUAGAGCAUGAGCUGAUUCUGAGGUUCAUGGCGAUCCAGAGCGACGUGUCCAAUGAGGACGAUGUCAGCAGCAGGGAGAGCUCCAUCUACAGCCAGCAGGACUCUGACAGGGAGGAUAGUGAUCUGGAGAACUACUUGACAAGCGUCCAAGAGGACAUGAUGGAAUUCAAGCUGUCGUAUGAGAUGUGGCGCGCUGGCAGCUGGGCCGUCAGCAUCCCUCAUGCCGACUGGUCUGAUGAGGAGCUAAUCUUCACCUUUCACCUGGAGGAGAAGGGCAGCCCUGAGAACCUACAGUGGGACAUCAGGAAGACCUACAUGGAUGUUCUAUACUUCCGCAACAGAUGGCAGGACUCAACCAGCCUGCCCUCCAUCCUGGUGCUGGAGGUGUCGGAUGUCAACGCUGAGGUCAAAGAAGAAGCCAGAGUAUCAGUGGAGCACUUCUUGCAGGAGUUGGUUUCUGAUAAUCUGAUCGGCCACACUCAACCGGUUUUUCAGUUCCUCUGCCCGCUUGACAAGCUGCUGAAUGAGGAUGAACAUUCUGGAGGCGUGUGGCGCCUUCUGAGCGGCCUGGCUUACUUCCUGACUCCAGGUCACGAGGAGGAGGAGAGCUCCAGCCCUCAGACAGAAGCCCCAAAAGAAAUCAUAACAUCAUCUCUACUUCCACAAUCGACAGCUCUGCUUUUAGAAACCCCUGGUGCCUCUACUGAGAGGGCUGGUGAUGUUGCUUCAAUCCCAACUAUUGUUAUCUCCCAACAUGAUUCUUCUUCAGCACCGCCGGAGGAAGCAGAAACAGAAAAUGAACCGCUGUCUGCUGCUAACUCAGACUCUUCAAAUGAAAACUGUUCCCAAGACAAAACGGAGGACUCUGAUAAUCCUUUAACCUCUCACUUUAAACUGAUUUUCAAAGGACUGACUCGAUCCAGGUCACAAGAGUCUCUGGUCUUGACAAAAACCACCAGUAAUGGAAACACGCCAGAUUUAGACGCCACGCCACACUGCAGCCAAAAUGGAGGCGAGCAGGGGGAGAGCUCAGAAGGACCGUCGUGGCUUAAUUUCAGUGCAAGGUCAAAUAAAAAGGAGAAAACAUGUUUCAUCAGAGCUAAAGGGAAGAACCAGGUGACUUCACCACGACGGGAGGACCCCCAGUGUCAGAGGAGCCAAGUCAACUGGGAGCAGCUGGAGGCGACCAAAGCCAUGUUCGAUCUGCUGAAAGAAAUAUCUGGAAACUCCAUCCUCAUAAACAUAUUCGAUGCCAUUUUGAAACCUGUUAUGCCCAUCUUGAAAAAGAAAGUGAACUCCUUCCUAAGCAAGAUGAACCCCACAGAAGUGCAGAUGGCUGCAUACAUCGACACCCUGCGGGACAAACAGUGGCCAGAUUUACAGCCAGCAGCACCUCCUCCUCCUCCUCCUCAUCCUCCUCGCACCGACGAGGAGAAGAACGAGACCAGGGAUCGAGCGCACAACCUAAUCAAUGCCAGAUAUUCAAACUAUCUUAUCCUGAAGAGGACGGACAUGGAGUCUGUUUUUAAUCUUUUCCAGGACGGAGAGGGAAACAAAACGCUGGUAUAUAUGCUCCUGUCAUUCCUAUUGAGGGAGUUUCUUCCCAAUGAGCAUUCCCUAAAUGUGAGCGCCGCUGCCCUCCAGAAAGUGACCAACUCCACCAGCUGAUCUGUGAAUCCUUUUUUUUUUUAGAAUAUGAAAUUAUUUAUUAAAUAUCCUGCCCCAGAAUAUUUGUGACCAUUUUUGUAUCAAUGUCAAACGUUCCUCUCUGUUGUUUAUACCUCAAACAUAUCAAAUGUACUGUGAACCCUGACUUCAAUGUGUGUGGCAUCAGAAACAUUCUUUGUGGGAGCCUUUAAUUGUAUUGUGAAACUCACAGGAGAAAGUAAACAAUAUUUACAGUUUGAAUUUCACCCUUCACGUUUUAAUACGAAAGAAUUAGAAAUAUUUUGUGUCACUUUGAGCACUUUUGUAUGGUGAGUUUGUUUUCUGAUUAAUUUGGCCUAAAGUUGUUUAUCAUAGAAUAUCCAACGAUUACCAAUCACCUAAAUCUGUCAGUGGACACGGCCACUAUCAAAAGAAACUGUUAUUGUAAAUAACUUGAAUUUAUUUCAAAUAAAAUAUUUUAAUAAAACCUU